CAAUGGGAUGGGGUAAACAACUAAACAUCACCCUUUUGAGGGUGAACAAAUUUAAGAGCCUAAUUUGUCCCUCGUGCCAAAGUUUGACACAUCGGCAAAAUCAACCGAGCAUAGUUCUGAAUCUUGAUUCAGCAAUUCAUCAUCAACUGAUUCCGCCAACGAACCUCCUCUGAAAUUCGAACACGAGCAGCAAUCUGUACGAGGAACACAUAGCAAUUGUGGUUUCCUUCAGAGUUGGAAACUAGCAAUUUUACUCUUCCCACCUUCAAAUAAGAGGCUCAAAUGACUUAGGGUUUACAGUGAAUCACCCACAGCUCAACCUAGAAACCAACGUGAUAAAGCAGGGACAAUGGCAUUUUGGAGCCGAUUCAAGGAAUCUCAGAUCAGGGUCUUGUCAAACGGACUAAAAAGAUUCCAUCUUCAAACACAUAAUCAUGGUCAACUGCAGCAUGGUGGUACCUUGACACAUGCCAUCUGCCUUACGAACAGUCCCAGUCUAACUAACCGCGCGAAUCGGGGCGAGAUUCUUAACAGCGCCAGGUUCUUUGCUGCACCAGUGCAGGCUCAUCAGAAGGAAGAGAAGGACAAAGAUGGAUGUAGAUUGAAUGAGAAGAUUACUGCACCUUUCGUUCGUCUAGUCACUGAUGAAGGUCACACUGUAGUAUCAAGGUUUGAGGCUCUGGAUCGGGCUAAGCAUUGUAAUCUAGAUCUAGUGGAGGUCGAUCGAGCAGCUGAUCCACCUGUCUGCAAGAUUAUGGACUAUCAUAAAGAAACCUAUGUUAAACAUGUAAAGGAUAAAGAAAAAGCUAAGAAGAAGUCUGAUUUGACUUUAAAGAAGGGUGGUUGCAAGGAAGUCCGGUUUCACUGUAAAACUGAACAAAAGGAUCUGAAGACUAAAGCAGAUACAAUUAAGAGAAUGAUGGACAAAGGAUAUCGGGUUAAGUGUAUGGCAGUGGGCAGUGGUUCUGAGAAUGAGAAACUGGGAGAGGUGCUGGCACAUUUUUCUUCCCUGAUAGAAGAUGUUGGGUUAAUAGAGAGCGGUCCCCAUGUGGAAAAGAAGCAGGCAUAUAUUGUCAUCAGGCAUGCCAAGUUUGGGCCAUUAAAGAAGGGUUCACAAAAGAAGACAGCUGCCUCUAAGGUUGGCCUUACACUUUCAGCUAUUGAUGACGAUCAAGAAUGUGGAGUGGAGGAUACUGAAGCUGUUGGGGAUGAAGAUGGCAGCAUUACAGAAGAUUUGACUGAUGAAGACGUGGAAGAUACGUUUGACAGGAGGGCUUUCGAUGAGGGUAGAACCGUCAUUAACCAGCCAGUGGAGAGAGAAAAUAAUAGGUACAGACGAGAAUCACCACCACCACCCCUACCAGUGACUGCAUCUUCAUCACCUGCGGCGGAGAGAGAAAAUAGGUACAAACGAGAAUCACCACCACCACCAGUGACUGCAUCUUUAUCGCCUGCAGCGGAGAGAGAAAAUAGGUACAGACGAGAACCGCCACCACCACCAGUGACUGCAUCUUCAUCACCUGCAGUAGAAAAUAGGUACAGACGAGAACCUCCACCUCCACCGCCACCACCA